UGGUAUGGUGGCGCGAGCGAGCUUCUGUAAAAUAUGGAUAAUGCGUCAUAAAAAUCGAUGUGCUUUGAGUAAUGUUAAGUAAAGUCACAUUGGUGCAUUUUAAUCAAUUUACUCGACAGCCGAAAAUAAUGCAGUUAAUCGCUCUUGAAAGAACUCGCCCGAUUUCUUUCCUUUUAAUUAAUAAAUUGGUUCGAUUUUCGUCGUCUAAGACGAAAAAAGAACUAAUCGACUCGUGCAGGAUGUUGGAAAUUUCUCAAACACCGACGGCCGACGAACUAAAGGAAGCUUUUCUCCGAUUGGCCAAAAAGUAUCACCCCGACGGAGGAGCGCCCACUGCUGAUGCGGACAAAUUUGCCGAGGUCCAGGCAGCUUACAGAAUUGUCCGAGGAAAUUUGGCAGAGUUAAAUUGCGAAAAUGACGAACAGCUGCUGGAGAAGAAUUUUGGUAUUAAACAUACUGUUCCCCAACAUCGACGUUAUCUCUCUAACGAAGGUGUCGGAUAUGGUUCGCCCAGCCAGCGGCAGAAACAAUACCAGCAACACAAAAUGAAUAAAGCCGUGGAAAAUAUAUUUGAGUACAGAUCAAACAAAUUGGCUAGUCAAAGUGAAAAUUCAGUAUUUGUUAAAGAUGCAUCGUUAGCACGACAAUACAAGACAAGACAAGCAAUGGAGAGAUUGGUGGAAGAUUUAAUACAGGAAUCUAUAGCUCGAGGAGAAUUUGACAAUUUGCCUGGUAGUGGAAAACCAUUAAAAUAUGUUCCUGAAAAUCCUUAUGUAGACAGCAUGACUCAUAAAUUAAAUCAAAUUUUAAUAAAUAAUGGAUUUACACCAGAAUGGAUUAUUCUUGAACAAGAAAUUAAAAAGGAAAAAACUGAAAUUCGGACAUUGUUAGAGAAUCAGAGAAGUCAACUCGGUCCUCAUCCAAUUUCUGGAAAUGAGAAAUGUCAGUGGAGAAAUAUCAUUCUAAAUAGUCAGCCCAAAGUAAAAUCAUUAAAUAUAAAAAUUGAUAAGUACAAUAUGAUAGUACCAAUUACAAGAAAACAACAGUUGCAUUUUCAAUUAGAAAAAGAAGCAGAAAAAAUUUUAAGAUGUGGAAAAACAGGCAUGUCAGUAUCAUCAAAAAAUCAAAUGAAACACAGUCAGUCAAUGCCAGAAAAUGCACUGGAUGCUUUUUGGAAUUUAUUUCGUUAA